GUGACAGCAGUGGGAUAAAGGCUGUACACGCGUCCGUCAUGGCUACCAGCAGCAAGUCGCACCAACGGACGGGGGAGCAAGCUUGGGGGAAGAUCAGCAAAGUGAACGCGGAGCUGUUCACGCUUACGUAUGGGGCCAUGGUGAUGCAGCUGAUUCAGGACUUCGAGGAUGUAGGGGCGGUCAACAAGCAACUCGAGAGCAUGGGUUACAACAUCGGGGUCCGGCUGAUCGACGAGUUCCUCGCCAAGGCUGGGGUCUCGACGCCCUGCACCGACCUCAAGGAGACCGCCGAUGUCGUCGCAAAGGUGGCGUUCAAGAUGUUCCUGGGGGUAACGGCCGACGUUUCGUCUUGGAACGGCGACGGGACGGCGUUCAGCCUGCUCCUGUACGACAACCCCCUCAUAGAAUUCGUGGAACUCCCUCCUCAGUACAGCGGGCUCCUCUACUCCAACCUACUUUGCGGGGUAAUUCGCGGUGCCCUAGAGAUGGUACAGAUGAAGGUUUCCUGCCGGUGCGUGCGAGACGUGCUCAGAGGGGACGACGUCAACGAGAUCAGGGUGGAGCUGAAGGAGAUGAUGGAAGACGUCAUGGACGAGGACUACAAAGAGGGAUAGCGCUAUCUACCAAGUACUGCGUUGUAAAAAAUACCUUCUCCAGUGCUAUUGUUUGUAUGACACCGAGUUGAUUGGACGCCCGCGUUAUUCUCAAGUUUUUUUGUGGCCUCAAGGUGAUUUUGACGCCCGUGUUAAUUCUCAAGGUGAUUGAGCGUCCGCGUUUUUCUCAAGUUUUUUUGUGGCCUCAAGGUGAUUUUGACGCCCGUGUUAAUUCUCAAGGUGAUUGAGCGUCCGCGUUAUUCUCAAGUUUUUUUGUGGCCUCAAGGUGAUUUGACGCCCGUGUUAAUUCUCAAGGUGAUUGGGCGUCCGCGUUAUUCUCAAGUUGACUGGAUAUCUGUGCGUUGGCAAAGAGAGAGACGAGAUUAAGUGCUGAUGUUCCUCCUUUACAAUUCACCAGGGCAAGGCAACACCACGGAUUUUCUCAAGACUGUGUGACCCCAGCUUGGAUGCCGCAGUGACUACCGAAAGUUGGUUGGCCUCGGUGGCUCGAAAUAUUAGUAGGAGAGAAUGAAAAGACUUGACAGGAAAAUACGUGUGGACUAGUCUUUCUACACGUUCGGCCGCUAUUCUGCUUUUGACGUAAUCUCGAGGAAACGUUUUUGGUUUUUGUCUCAAGCCGUGCACUUCCGGCUACAAUACCGUAGAGGAACUCCUCCGCUCAGUCACGCCCGGCUGUCGCUGCCCGAGUCGCAUUUCCACGUGUGCUGCGCGGGGGGGUGGAUUGAUUCUUCAAGAGCAAGUUGUGCUUCGAGGGAGAAGAAAAAAUGUUGACUCAGCUGGCUGCCCAUUUUCUCUGGCUCAAGCCUACCGCAGGAAAUUAGCGGCGUCAAGAGAUGCAAUGGCCAAAAGGAGCCCCCCCAUCUUGGGGCUUAAAAUCCCGGAUAGAUAAGAAGUUUUCGCUGUUAAAAAGGCUUUCGGUUCAGGCAGCGGGGGGCUGAGGGAU